UUUCGCCCUCCCUCUUCUCCUUAGUUGCUGCAUUGCUUUUCUGUAUUCAACAAAACAAGCGGAAAUGGUUGUACCUCUCUCCUUUGGGAUUGUACGUCCACUCCAUGCUCCAUGGCUCCGUUUAACCCGCUCCAUUAACCCGUGUUCCGUCUCUAGGAAGGGGCAAUUUUCCGUUUCGGUAAACGGGUCAUCUCGGUUGAACUUGAGCCAUAUCGUCCGAGCUUCGCUUCAUUCCAGUUCUGCACCUGAUUCUGAUGGACCGCAGGUUUCACCUUUGGUUGAACAAUCUGAAAUCAUUUUUAUUGGAACCGGGACUAGUGAAGGGAUUCCACGUGUGAGCUGCCUAACUAAUCCUGUCAAGACAUGCCCAGUUUGCUCGAAGGCUACAGAGCCGGGUAGCAAGAAUAGGAGACUUAACACAAGCCUCCUUGUUCGCUAUCUUAACCCAUCUGGAAAAUGGAACAUCCUUAUUGAUGCUGGAAAGUUUUUCUAUCACAGUGCUCUGAGGUGGUUUCCAACUUAUGGGAUAAGAACAAUUGAUGCGGUUAUUAUUACUCAUUCUCAUGCUGAUGCAAUCGGAGGGAUGGAUGAUCUCCGUGAUUGGACGAACAAUGUUCAGCCGUCUAUACCAAUAUACGCAGCAGAGCGUGAUUUUGAGGUAAUGAAGAAAACUCAUUAUUAUUUGGUAGAUAAAAGUGGCGUUACACCUGGCGCUGCAGUUUCGACCUUGCAAUUUAACAUAAUUCAAGAAGAACCAUUUACAGUAUGUGAUCUCGAGUUUACACCUUUACCAGUUUGGCAUGGUCGUGGCUAUCGUUCUUUGGGUUUUCGAUUUGGCAAUAUCUGUUACAUUAGUGACGUCAGUGAUAUACCAGAGGAGACUUAUCCUCUUCUCAGUAACUGCGAACUCCUUAUUAUGGACGCACUAAGACCAGAUCGAUCUUCUUCAACUCAUUUCGGGCUUCCAAGAGCGCUGGACGAAGUUAGGAAAAUCCGACCAAAAAGAACACUGUUCACUGGUAUGAUGCACCUGAUGGAUCACGACAAAAUAAACGAGGAUCUCAUAAAGUUCAAAGAGACGGAAGGCCUCGACAUUGAAUUGAGCUACGAUGGGCUUCGUGUUCCAGUAACUCUAUAGCCUCUCACAUUGUGAAUCUCUCUUUCAUACAUAGCUAUUUUUUUGCUGCUGUAUUUAAGCAGUGUGAGAUUAGAAGAAGCUGAAACUGAGAAAAAAAGCCCAGUUUCUUUAUCAUUUUAGAUUCUUCCUCAUUUGCAAUUCUUGUUAGGGACUCAUUAAUUUUUAAAGAUUCAGAACACCUUGAUUUAGUUGGAAUAAUUAUUUGACA